CUUCACUUCUACCAAACAUUCGCUCGGCAAUUCCGUCACUUACUCGCUCUCACCAUGUGGCUGCUUAUCCUCGCAGGUCUCCUUACAAUCUCCGCUGGAGAGGAGAUCAGCUUCGCUAAGAAAACGGCGUCAUCAGUGACUAAUGCUGAUGACAUUGUUUUGCUAGAGGUCGAUAUCAAAGAUCCUGUCAAGAGAUCACCAGUUUCAAGCAACGGCAUUUAUGGAGCUUCACCUAGCCAAUUCGUUAUUCGACACGGUGAUGACUCUCAAGAGCUAUCGCCCGAAUACUUAGCUGUUCUACGACAAUUCACCGGAACUGAGCCGCAGGCAUACGCAAGACCCAAUGAGCCUCAGCGUAGGCCACUUUAUGCCAAACAGCAGCAGGCGCUGCAGCAGGCAUAUUACAAUUAUCGCAAACCCGUAGUUCCUGCUAGACCGAAACCUCAGUUACAUCCCCAGUUGAUUCAAGCUGAGGCACAGACUCAGGCAUUACAGCCGACACGCGGUCCAUCCGGAGCAUCAACGUACCAAGUAGAAUCUUACACUUCACCGAAGCUAGGCACGUUCGAGCAAGAGUUGUUGCAAUUGGUAUCCGCCAAUCAGGCCCAAGAGUUUAAUCUGAUUCCGACGCAGCCUAAAACUGGCUAUUCCCAACAAGAAUAUGUAAAACCAACGGCGGCACCGGUGCCUCAGUUACCUCCCAACACACAAUACCAACAAUAUCAUAUUGAAACUAGUCCGCCUCCUCGUUAUCCGCCACAACAACAAGUGGCGGCGACGUAUCAGUCGAUCGAGCAACCAAUUCAGAUUCAGUACCAAACGCAAGCGGUAGAUUAUGCGACAAAAGGAAUCGAAUCUUUCCGACCAUCUCCGCAAUACGACUACGAAAGCGACGGUGGUCAAUUGAAAGCUCAUCAAGGGCAGACCCAGGCGGAAAUUGAAGCAAAUGCCAGAGCUCAGGCUCAGGCCGAAGCGCAGGCCUUAGCUUUUCAGAAAAUUGCUCAGGCAUCAUAUCAAAAACAUCAUGACACCGCUUUAGAACAGAUCAGAAUCGAUCACGAGAGGUAUAGACAACAGAGCGCCUUGGAACAAAUUCAACAAGGAGAGCAAGUGAGCGAAGCCGGACGAGCUCACAUCGAAGGUCGGUUGGAACCUAAGGAUCCAGAGGCCGCGUACAGGGCAAAAUUAAAGGCGCAGGCGGCUGCCGAAGCCGCCGAAGCCAGGAGACUUCAGGCAGCUGCUGAACAGAAAGCCCACACUGACGCUGUACGUCAAGUCGAGGCUCAACAGCAGGCCCAUGUAAGAGCACAGGAGAAGGCUCAUAUCGACGCUUUGAACUUUGAAAGAAAUCAAUUGCGUGCUCAGGCCCAAGCUCAGGCAUUAGCGGAGGCUCAAGCCUUAGCAUUGUACAAAAUUUAUCAGCAGUCACGCGCCAAAGCCAACACUGAAAUUUUGGCAGCCGCUAAAGCUCAGGCAGAAUCUAAGAAGGUAGAUCCUGAUGGUACACCAGUUGUUCAAUAUCUUUUACCUAAUUCUCAAAAGCUCCCGACACUUAAUAAUUACUUUACCAAUGAUGACGUGAACAAGUAUCAGGCUUCCGGCUCUACCUAUGCCACUAGAUCCGUGACUAAACCAGAUGAUUCCAGUGAAACUACCGUUCAAGAGCAAGCUUACGUUCAACCUGUUAUCAAUCAACCUCGUCAAGUACACAAACUCAAAGUCCCACCGACUCAGUCUUCCAUUUAUGUUUCUCAAUCAGGUCUCUUAAAAAAGUCGCCAGUCAAAUCUCUUACCAUCGAAGAGGUUAUUGAUCAAGACCAACUAAAUACUCCUCAAGUUGUACGUGUUCCCUCUCCUAAGGAUCAGCAGCCUCUGACGCAAGAAGAGUUGUCUGUUCUAAUUAAUUCCGGUUACACCGUCACCCCGAUACCUCAGACAACAAAAUCGACUCAGCAGAAUUACGUGCCGGAGAAUGCUUCCGCAGUAUACUAUUUGAAGAAACAGCGACCGGCAGUCAGGCCUGAAUAUGUUACAUAUGAAGAGGUUCGAUCGCAAAGAUCCAGAAAGAAUACACCUAUUCUCAAACAAGACGACGCUAAUGCUAGCGAGAAAGUCACUUACUUGGUACCCUUGGAACCCAGUUUUGGCACCAGACAACCGUCACUUAAAAAUAACGAGUGA